AUGUCAUUCAAAGGGUUUAAGAAGUCAAUAGUGAGGGCCCCCCAGAAUUUUCGUCAAAAGAUGAAUAUGGGAGAAGUCACUAGUGAUGCCGUUUAUCAAGAUGCAGAAAGGAGAUUUAAAGAGAUGGAGAGUGAAACCAAGAAGUUGAGUAGUGAAUCCCAGCGUUAUUUUAAGUCAGUGAAUGGGAUGUUGGAUUAUCAAAUUGAUUUCAGUAAAGCCAUUGAAGAGAUUUAUAAGCCAAUUAGUGGUCGAUUAAGUGAUCCAAGUUCUACAAUUCCCGAAGAUAAUCCGGAGGGGAUUCAAGCCUCAGAACAAUAUAGAGAAGUAGUCAAUGAAUUAAAGGAAACAUUGAAACCGGAUUUAGAAUUGAUUGAAAAAAGAAUUGUGCAGCCAGCACAAGAAUUAUUAAAAGUGAUUCAAUCGAUUCGUAAAAUGGCUACUAAAAGAGAUCAUAAACAAGUUGAUUUAGAUAGACGUAAUAGAACAUUUAAAAAAUAUGAAGAGAAAAAGGAAAGAACCCCUAAAGAUGAAGAAAAAAUGUAUAGUGCAGAAGCAGAAGUACAAGUUGCACAACAAGAAUAUGAUUAUUAUAAUGAAUUAUUGAAAAAUGAAUUACCAAUAUUAUUUCAAAUGCAAAGUGAUUUUAUCAAGCCAUUAUUUGUGAGUUUCUAUUAUAUGCAAUUAAACAUUUUCUAUACCUUAUAUCAAAGAAUGGAAGAAUUAAAAAUUCCUUAUUUUGAUUUACAAAGUGAUAUCGUGGAAGCUUAUCAUUUUAAAAAGGGUAACGUCGAAGAACAAACCGAUGCAAUUGGGGUUACUCACUUCAAAGUUGGCCACGCUAAAAAUAAAUUGGAAGCUACUAAAAGAAGACAACAAUUAAUGGCUAACCAUAAUACCGGUACCACCAACAGUGCCAGCACCACUGGCACUGGUGAGCAAUUACCAGCUUACACUUCUGGCCAAUACUCUGGAUACCAACCAGAUCAAAAGGCCACUUACCAACCAGAUCAAAAGGCCACUUAUCAACCUCCUCAAUACGGUACCCAGUCUGCUUCUGCCUCAACGGUAACUAGCCCAGUAACUGGGUACUCUUCUCCUUUGAGUGCACCGGCAAUCCCAUCCUACGGUGCUAGCCAAACGUGUACUGCAUUAUACGACUACACUGCCCAAGCCCAAGGUGAUUUAACGUUUACUGCGGGCUCAGUAAUUGAAAUCAUUGAUCGCACCAGUGACGCCAAUGGUUGGUGGACCGGUAAGUACAAUGGUCAAACUGGGGUUUUCCCGGGUAAUUACGUUCAAUUAAAUUAA